AGAAAGAGAGUGUGAGCUCGAGCAUUAGUGGCGAAAACAUCAAAGAACGCAAGGGGCAGGGCGGCCCGUUUGAUGCUUGCCGCCUCAAGGCCUGCUCAUCUCUGCCGAAGUCUGGACUCAGUCAGUUCUCCCAAAAUAGCCGCCGCGCCGAGGCGCAUUCUUCCGCCGCAAAUUUGCUGUUCUCCAGCAUCCUCCCCGUUGGGAAUUAGGGGGUCAGACAAAGAAGAUUUUUUUUUCUAAAACAGUGCGUGGGAGGUGUUGUUCACCCGGAAUCAUGUCCGGAACGAUACUGGAAAAUUUGAGCGGUCGGAAGCUGAGCAUUCUCGUGUCCUGUUUGCUGUUUCUGCAGUUUUUGUGCUUCCUGCUGGGUGGUCUCGUCGCACCGGUUCCGGCCAGCGUGCAGACGAUUCUGGCGACGAUCUGCAAGGAUGUGCCCGGUUCGCACAAUGACACCAACAUUUGGCUGUACUCGCGGGGGGAGGAUCACUGCCAGACGCUGGACCACAUCGACAUAGAGAAUCACGACACGAAGAUGGCCAACCAGAUUGUGUUUGUGUUCCAGAUGCCGUUGCCUCGGGAGGGUCGUCAGCUGGACUAUUCCAGGUGGCAGCAGAAUCUGAUCGGUGUGCUGCAGACAGACAUUGCGUACGAUGCGAACAUUCUGCUCAAGCCGCACACGAAAAUGUCUAUCGACGCGAGGCUCGCGUAUCGGAAUAAGGGCGAUCACGACCAGGACUGGAAGUAUCUGGCCUCGUCGCUGGAGACUCGGGAUUUGGACUGCUUCGCGGACAACGUAACCGACGAAUAUUUGUACAACUGUAACGCCAUUCCGUUGUUUGAGCUUGGAUCGCUGCAUCACGACUACUACCUGCUAAACGUUCGAAUCCCGGUUGACAGCGACAUGAAAAUGAACCUGGAUAUUGGCCACAUCCAGGACCUGCACCUCUCCGUAAUCUACCAAAACGGUGGUUUCACCAAGGUCUGGGUUUCGCUCAAAACGGUCUUCCUGCCCUUCAUCAUUAUCAUCAUGGCCUGGUUCUGGCAACGAGUCCACCUGCUCCAGCGGAAACCUGCCCUACUCGAGUGCAUGCUCCUCGCCCUAGGUUGCGCCCUCACCUUCCUGAACCUCCCGCUCGAGUACUUCACGCUCGUCUUCGACAUGCCCUUCAUGCUGCUCCUCAGCGACAUCCGCCAGGGCAUCUUCUACGCGUGUCUGCUCUCCUUUUGGCUUGUCUUUGCCGGUGAACACAUGCUGAUCCAGGAAACGGGCGAGAAAUCAACCCUCAAAUCGUACUGGAGACAUCUGAGCGCAGUGGCCGUGGGCUGCGUCUCGCUGUUCCUGUUCGACAUGUGCGAACGUGGCGUCCAGCUGCGCAAUCCGUUCUACUCGAUCUGGGUGUCCCGAAUCGGAUCAAACGUUGCACUCGGUUUCAUCAUCCUCGCGGGAAUCUCCGCCGGUCUGUACUUCCUCUUCCUGUGCUACAUGGUCUGGAAGGUGUUCUGCAACAUCAACAUUAAGCGCACCUCGCUCCCAUCAAUGUCCUCCGCCCGGCGUCUCCACUACGAAGGCAUCAUCUAUCGCUUCCAGUUCCUGAUGCUGGCGACCCUGCUCUGCGCCGCCCUCACCGUAAUCGGCUUCAUUAUCGGCCAGGUGUCCGAGGGCCGAUGGAAAUGGGACGAGUCCAUCGAUCUGGAGUUCACCUCGGCAUUCUUCACCGGCGUCUACGGCAUGUGGAACAUUUACAUCUUUGCGCUGAUUGUGCUGUACGCACCGAGCCACAAAAAGUGGCCCGCCAACGAAACAACCGAGCACAUCAUCAGCGAGGAGAUCGAGUUCAGCAAUCUACCAUCCGACUCGAACCCCAGCGAAAUCUCAUCCCUGACGCAGUUUGCCCGGAAGGCCGCCCUCGACUAAGCAGUAUUUUAUCACAACCUUCAACAAUCCAUAACUUAUAGACUGUGCAAGUUUUGCGCAUAAUGCGUGUGUGUGCGUUAAUUGAACUUAGUUUGUAUCGAUAUCAAGUCAAUUUUGCAAAUAAGCAUCGAACGAAGAAGAAGAAGCAUUUAGGCGUAGAGGAGCCAAAAUAGUUCAGUAUUAUAUCGGUGUCAUUGUGUAAUUUUUAAAAUAAAUCCCGUUCAAGUGUUUGUAGAUUGUUCGCUCGCGGUAAUUAGUGACAAGACUCUCUCUUUGUUUUUUUUAAUCGGAAUCAAUAAAGUAACACAAUUAACUUAUUAAAAGAUAA